CAGCGAGCGAUGAUAUAUGCAGAAAGCCACACCGGGGAUAUUUUUUGUGUGUCUCUGUCGCAAAAAACGCCAAGGAACACUAAAACGGCGGAAUGUCUCAUUGAGUGAAAUGGCUUAGAGAGGUCCAAGUUCAGUGCGACGGAGGAGGUUGUAACCGAGCAACGCAGCGAUGAGUCUCACUUCCUGGUUCCUGGUGAACACCGGCGGCACCCGCCACCGGCUGCCCCGGGAGAUGAUCUUUGUAGGCCGUGACGACUGUGAGCUCAUGCUUCAGUCUCGUAGUGUUGACAAACAGCAUGCUGUCAUCAACUACGACCCUGGUACAGAUGAGCAUAAAGUCAAGGAUCUAGGAAGCUUGAAUGGAACAUUUGUGAAUGAUGUCAGGAUUCAGGAGCAGGUCUACACCACUUUGAGGAUCGAUGACAAGCUGAGGUUUGGCUACGAUACCAACCAAUUCACGGUGGAGCGAGGGGAGCUCCAAAUUCCCGAGGAGGCACUUAAGCAUGAGAAGUUCACCAGUCAGCUGCAGCUGGCCAAGAAGCCGGUGGUGGAGAGCGGAGAAAGAAGUAGGCAGGAGCCCAAAGCGGCGGCAGCAGUAGCAGAGGGAGGCGGCAGCAGCAGCGAGGGCCCGGCCAGACCUCCAGAGCCGCCCAAAGGAGACGAGAAGACCGCAGCUGAUAUAGCCGUGUUGAAAAGGGGCACUCCCCUGUAUGGCCAGCCAUCGUGGUGGGGGGACGGCGACGCUGAUGAUGAGAACUCGGUAAAACAGGACAACAGGCCAGACGCUAAACAGGCCAGAACUGCUCCAGAUGCUAAGGAUGCUCCAAAAGCGGGAGUGGCUCAGGCCUCCAGUCAGACUCCCCAAGGGCCGCAGGAGCCCAGCUACUUCGAGAUCCCCUCCAAGGAAGGCCCUCCCUCUGCAGCCAACGCUGGCGAUCCCCACCCCAAAGGCACCAACCACACCAAAGCAACAGACCCCGCCUCCUUGUCCCAAGAGGCCGCCGCCCACGGCCACGCCUCCUUCACCAUCGACUUUGACACGCUGGCACCGGGCAAGGUCACCGUCAAGGACAGGGGAGGGGCAAAGGUCAGCGGAGGUCAGGCUGGUGGCCAGGAGCAGCGUGAUCGGCCGCGUCCGAAGAGGGGAGCAGGGGAGGAGCUGAGUGCCCUGCAGGCGGCCAUGGUGGCGGCCGAGGUGAAGGUCGCUGAUUGGCUGGCCCAGAACGAGCUGCCGUUGGCCAGGACGGACUCAGUGGCGGACGACGAUGGGGACAGUGUCAAGAGCGACGUGCCGGUCCAAUUGAAGAGUUUACGAGGCAGUAAACAUGAGGACGGCACCCAGAGUGACUCUGAGAACCUCCUGGGCGACCAGUUCAGUGCCCGCCGAGCCUUCAUGCAGGAGCGCGCCGCUAUACGUGGGUUACGCUCUGGCCUCGCCAGCAGGGCCGACGGAGCCUUUGCCACUUCCAACGCCACUGCUGUUGCCCGCAGCCACGGCCGUGAUGCCGACCCGCUACGCAAACACCGCCCCCCGGUGGUGGCCAAGAAGUUCGCACCCAUAGGCGGAGAGGCUGCGGCAAAGGGUGUGAGCUCCGCCGCUACGUCCACCGCAGCAGCUAGUGCCUCCCCCCAUCGAUCUCCGAAAUCGGGGCCGUCGUCGUCAUCCGCUGGAGGGAGGAGGGAUCCGAGCGUCGACCCAUCCUCAAUGAGUCAUCCUCAUGGCGGCAGGGGUGGUCGGCAUAGCGAUGACCUUAGCGACAGAGGCACGUACACCAUCGACUUUGAGAACGGGAGCCAGGAGGUGGAGGAGGCCAGGCGGAUGAUUGACAAGGUCUUGCCAGAGGACUGUGUGGUGGUAGGAGGUCCGCGCUGGGUCUCCCAAUGGGCGAGUUUAGCGGCCAGUCACGUCAGGACAGAUCCGGAAGGCUCUGGAGCUGAAUCACACGCAUAUGUCACCGAUGAGAAAGCUGAUGUCAGUGAAGUCUCCCACAGCUCCACUUCGGUGCCCUCGUCCACCCAGACCGAACGCAAGCGGCGCACGCUACCCCAGCCCCCGUUGGAGGAGAUGGCCCUGGACACCAGUGGCUCCAGAGGCAGGCCUGCCAGGUGGCCUCCCACCUCUGAGAAGCAGGACACCGAGACCCAGGAGAAGGAAAGCAGCCACUUCCAGGGUCCCUCCAGGGCCAGCCACAGGGUGGUCGGAGGCCCCCCAGUGAUCGAUGAUCAAUCUGGGGCAAGGGGUUCCAAGCAAGGCCCAGGAGGAGGAGCGGCCUCUGAUGGAGGACGGAGGUCCACCAGCCAGCACAGUGGCUCCCCUUGCAAGUCUGUUGGGGGAAGCGGGGAUCGGAAGAGCAUGGACGGACGGAAGACGAAGAAAGGGGAGGAGGACAAGGAGAAGUCGGGCAAGCCCUUGCUGAGGCAGGAGAGCUUCACAGUGGACAGACCCAGCACCAACGUUCCUCUAGAGCUCAUCCCCUGCAUCGACACCCUCACCUCCUCUGCCUCCACGCAGACGCGAGAACCGGGGACCGCAAACGACGGUGUCGACGCCGCCACUUUACUUAGAGACAACGAGGCUGUGGCGGCUUUCCUGGAGACCACGUUGUCGGACCUGGCAGACCCGCCGAGCUACUCCAUGGGCUCCAUGUCCCCGGAGUCAGACAUCGACACCACCAGCACCAUCAGCCUUGCCGGGGGCGAGGGAGGCCGCAAGGUGGGCCAGAAGAGACGGCAGGCGGCCGGGCAGCAGAGGGUUCCUGGGGGUGCUGCUGGAAAGGGUGGUGGUGGUGGAGGUGGAGGUGGGACGCAAGAUAAGGCACGGUCAUCCCAUGCGGGGCCGGGGGCACCGGUGUCGCGUUCUCGAGCCUGGACGUCCCUAGAGCUGACCGACGAUGACCUGAAUUCCUCGCUGCUGUCGGACACUCAGCCUCCUGCAACCGCUGCCGCUGCUGCGACUUCCAGGGGUCGCGGCGGACAAGCCCAGUCUGGUGGUUCUAAAGCAGAACCAGGAAGGGCUGGCAGAGGGAGGACCACGUCCGGUUCGCCCUCUGGUGUCUCUUCUUCCACCUCCACGCCUGCUGCCGCCGCCACCACCAAGCCCUCCGCUGCUCUGCGGCCAAGGCCGACUCGUGCCUCCAUCCUCCGCAGGGCGCGUCUAGGGGACACCCCCGAGGUGGACGUAGGCGACGUGGACCGGAUGUCCGUGGCGUCUGACGCCUCCACGGCCUCCACAGCCUCGGUCUCCAGGCCCGCGGCUCCACGGCGGACGCUCUCCCGCAUCGAGGCGCUGGCGCAGCCCAGAAGGCCUCGCGUGUGCUCGCCGUCGGCCAGGAGCGAUUCGGAGGCCACCUCCAGUCGCACCAGGGGAUUGGCCGUGCGACCUGCCCCAGAGAGCGCACCACGUUCGGGCUUCAGGUCUGGCGGACACCCGUCUACUGUGGGCGCUGCUCCAAGAGCCAGGGCGAACAGUGCUUCGAAACUGCCCGAUAAGUCGGCUGUCAGCUGCUACAAUAACAACGCGUCUGCAGCGGGGGGUAAUCGAUGGCGGCGGAUGCCUAUCGAGUACACCUCCACCUCCGAGGACGAGUUUGGCUCCAACCGCCACUCGGGCAAGAGCGGGCGCCCCCGUCCUCUGGCUCCCAGGGUCACCCAGCUGGGCGGCUCGGCCCCCGCCACCCCCAGCCCCAUGGGCAUGAGACGCCACUCUCGCGACCAGGACGACUACAUGCGGGACUGGACUGCACACAGCGAGGAGAUCGCAAGGAUCAGUCAGGACCUGGCCAAGGACCUGGCCAUGCUGGCUCGGGAGAUUCACGACGUUGCGGGUGAGAUCGAUUCAGUCAGUCCCUCAUCGGCUGCCGAUGCCUCUACCCUGGAUGACCGUGUGUUUGUGGACAGCCUGGGCAGUGCCCCUGAGAUCAGUAUGGCAGCGGUGGAGCUCCGCCCCCCCCACGCCAGCAACGGGCAGGAUCUACGGGCACUCAGACGACGCACCUGGAACCGAGACGAGGCUGUGAUGGAUAGUCUGCUGUUGGCCUCGGUGUCGCAGCUCUCCGCCAAAAUCAGACAGGCAGUGGAGAAGACGGCCAGCAAGAUACGGAUCCUGUUUAAGGACAAGGACAGGAACUGGGAGGAGAUACAAAACAAGAUGCAGAUGGAGCUGGAGAUGCCCCUCCUCAAGACGUCCAACUUGGAGAUCUCCUCCAUUUUGCAAGAUCUGAAGAGGAUAGAGAAGCAGCUAGUUGUCAUAGAUGUCAUGGUGGACCCAGACGGGACUCUGGAUGCCCUCAGCAGCCUGGGCCUCGCCGGUGCUCUACCCUCCUCCUCCUCCGAGCAGCACAGGGUCAGCCCAAGCUCCCAAGCCCCAAGCACAGGCCCUCUUCCUGGGGAAGGCGCCUCCAAUGUCCCCCUACCACCCGCCGACACAGCUCCAGUGGUGGCUGAACGAGACAUGGGCCUAGAUGUCAACAGCAACGCCACAGGCGGACAAGAGAGCUCUGUGCCUCCCCUCCAGUGAAGGGAAGGAAGGGAGGAGGGCAGUCGUUUGUCUUCAAUUGGACCAUUAAGCUUGGACACGCCAAGAUGGCUCUGUGUGCUUGUCCAAUGAUGACCAAUGCACUACCACUGGGACUCUUUAUGUUAGCUAAUGAGACGUGGAAAUUGAACAGAGCAGACAAAGUUACCGGAUAUAUUCGUUAAACCUUCAAAUUGCCCAUGUGUUCAGUAAGUGCUUAGGU